AUCAUUUUGAAAAGAUCGUGAAGACUAGAGGCAAACAACUCGGACUUGUGUGUAGUAUGUCUUCAACUUAUUUAAAAAGACUAAACAGGUUUGUUUAGGGUUACAACUCGAACCUUAUAUAAUCAAUUGACUGAACUGGAUCUUAAUGCAGUUACUUCUAAAAUUCUAAACAAAAACCUCUCUGAAUCAAAAAAGCUGUAACUCUUCUGGAUACCAAUUUUAAAAAAAAAAUAUCGAAACAAACAGACACAACCAAAACCAACUAGAGCAUCCUUCAAUGUUGAAACAACAGAUCAACAUGAUUUAUUGUCUCAGAAAAUAGUAUCAACAUUUCUAACGAUGUGAUGAAGGAUACGGACUGUACUUGGUAACCAUUGGAUACGUAAAGUUGUCGGAGUUAUGGUUCCUUAACGCCAUGAGUGGAGUAUCGCUUCCCUUGAUUCCAGGGGCGAGUCCGGCUCGGGUAUCUGGGGGCUCAGAUCAUGGGAGUCGGCCUGGCUCUGGAGCCGGUGGGAGUUUUUCUUUUCUACCUCAUUUGUCAGGGUCACACGGCAAUCAGAACUACGCCCCAAGUGGACCAACCAGAUCUUACGGCUUGGCGCGUUCAACCAAUCGUCUGCCGGCCAUAAGAAACUACCCUAGGGGUCAUGUGAGCCGGUCCAUGUACAAGAAGUCACACUCGUCACUGACAGAUAACGUCACGUCACGCUACUCGGCCAGGCACAGGCGGAGUCCUGGGCCGUUUUCUAAGAGUGCUGCUGAUUCUCCCUACCUCCCCACAUCAAAUCCAGAAGAAUGUUUAAAAUGUUUGUUAAGAGUCCCUCACAGAAAAUGCGAAUCGCACAAAUACAUACGGGUUGGAGGCGGCUAUAGACACGGCUAUUGGUACAUUAAAUGUUUGUUGGAACAGCUGGAGCUACAGAGACAAAGAGAGUUGUUGAAACAACAGAGAUUAGACGUCAUUAAAGAACACAGGGUGAAAGCAAUAAAAACUUACAUCAGAACAAAAAGUGGUCGGCUAAUUGAAAAGAUUAUAUUUUUGUCAGAGGAGGAUUAUGAAGCAUUUAAAGCUGGCAAAAAUAUUGAAGAUCUGCUCAAGAAGUAUUUAACAAAGGAAGAAGCUGAGGGUUUACAGUCAUGGGAUAAAGAUGAAAUGGUGGCCAUAAAAACAUAUGUGAGGACCAAGAGUGGGCGACUUAUUGAGAAGCUAGUUUAUGUUAGCAAGGAGGAUUAUGAUGCCAUUAAGGCAGGGACUAAGGAUGCCAAGGAUGUUUUGAAAAAUUACUUGAAGACAGAGGACGGAGAACAAAUAGAGGGCUGGGAGGAUGCUAAAAUGAGAACGAUAAAAACUUAUGUCAGGACAAAAAGUGGCAGACUUGUGGAGAAAAUAAUCAUGAUUAGCGAAGAGGAUUAUCAAGCCAUGCUUAAAGAAGGCAAGGACCCAAAUGACAUAAUUAAAAAGUAUUUAACGCUAGAGGAAGGGGAGACAAUUGAUUCUUGGCAGAGUGGAGAGCCAAUGAAAGCCAUCAAGACAAUGAUAAGGACAAAGAGUGGCAGGUUGAUUGAGAAAACAAUCUAUGUCAGCGCUGAUGAUUAUGAAAGGAUGAUGAUGGAGGGUGGAGAUCCUAAUGCUAUCCUCAAGAAAUAUUUGAAUCCAGAGGAUGGUGAGCUACAGUCCUGGGAGAAAGUUCCAGAAGGAAACCCUAUGAAGGUCAUAAAAACAUACGUGAGAACAAAGAGUGGCAGGCUCAUAGAGAAGACGGUCAUGCUAACAGAGGAUGAAUACAACGAGUUUCUCAAGUCUGGGGGGGACCCUAAUUUCCUCAAGAAAUUUAUGGACCUCAAGAAAGGGGAGGUAAUUGAAAACUGGGAGAAGGCUUCAACCGUUUACUCUGACAGUGAUGACCCAGCAGUACAGAAGGCAAAAGCUGGUGACAGAAUAGUUGGAAAAGAUGGAAAAAUUUAUGAGAUAUUCGUUGACCCUGUCACUGGAAAAAAAUAUAAAAAAGUCGUUGGUCAAGCUGACCCAGGGAAAACAGGAAAAAAAGGCAGAAAGGGGAGGGGAGGUGCAGGGGGAGACGGUGAGGAGGAGACAGCCGAAGAAAGGGAGAGAAGAAAGAAAGGGAAGAGAAACCAGGACAGUGACAGCGAGUUCAGCUACAGGAGUGUUUAUAGUGCUGGAGGAACAAAACAUGUACGCAGACGCAGAAAGAGGGCAGAUGGCACGUACAGUGAUAGUGAAUCAUAUCAUAGUAGUAAGGACGGGGAUGGUGAGGCCAGGAGAAGGAGACGCAGGAGGGAGAGAGCGCACGCAGACAGCGCUCACAGCUACUACAGCGUGGUCAGUGCGGGGGGGACCAGGCACGUGCGCAGGAAAAAAAAACACGCUGAUGGCACCUACAGCGCCAGCGAGUCUUACCACAGCUCUGACAGUGAAAAAGAGGGCGGAGGGUUGAGCAAGAAGAACCAGCAGAAGAAGAAGAAGAAGAAGGAACAUGGGAGUGACAGUGAGUACAGCUACUUCAGUGAGACCAGUGAGGGGGGCACCAGGAGGACCAUGAGGACAAAGCGCAUCAGAGACGCAGAUGGGAAGGUGAUAGGGCAUGGCAAGCCAGAGUCCUAUGUCUCUAGUGGUCAGUGUGUGUACACCGAAAUUUCUGAUGGGAAAGGAGGAAAAAUCCGUGUGAAGAAAGAAAAACCUGGGAAAAAAGGCAGGAAAAAAGGGGAAGUCGCCGACUUCAGUGACGCUAGCACAGACUCAGAUGACGUUGACUUGGAAAACAUGACUGAGGAGGAACGUCAGAAAUAUUUUGAAGAAAAAGCCAAGCGCAAGGCAGAAAGGGAGAAAAGAAGGCGGGAAAAAUAUGGAGAUAAAUAUGACGAGAUGAUGGCGGCUCAUGAAAUGAAAAAGAAACAGAAAAAAGAGGCAGAAGCAAGUCUCAAAAAGAAAGGUCAAGGUGGAGAAAGUGAUAGUGAAUAUGAGAUUGACCCAGUUACAGGCAAAAAGAAAAAAAAACCAAAGACAUCAUCAGAUGGAAAAUACCUUUAUGAAUAUGAUGAGAAGGGAAGGAUUAUUAAAAAGACAAGAAUUGGUGGGGGAGAUGACAGUGGAUCAGAAUAUGAAUAUGAAUACGAUGAGCAUGGGAACCUCAUCAAAGAGAAGAAGAAAAAAGGAAAGAAACAAGGAGAUGAAGGUGAUGAAUUUGAAUAUGUUUAUGACAAAGAUGGGAAACUGAUCAAAAAGAUUAGGAAAGGAAAAGGAGGUGAUGAUGAAGGUUCUGAAUAUGAGUAUGAAUAUGACAAAGAUGGCAAUCUUAUUGGCACCAAGAAAACAAAAGGAAAACCAGGGAGUGCCGCAGGUUCUGAUGAUGGAAAUUACUUUGAGGUGGAUGAGAAAGGCCAGAUUAAACUGAGGCAAGGGAAAAAGAAAAUUGACCUGUCCAAGCUAACGGAUGAUGACCUCAGAAGACUAGGCAUUGACCCAACACUAUCUAAGCAGGAAAUAGCCAGACUGCUGAAAGAAAAAUUUGGAGAUGACAUUGAGAUUGUUGAUGAGAAUGUCAAAAUUGGCACUAAGAGGCUUUCACAGUAUGGCAGUGAAGUUGAUACGGAUGACCUUGCUGAUGACAGUGACCUUGACAUCACAACAUUGAAAGGUCUGCGUCGAGUCAAUGUCCUAAUGAAACGAGGAGGCCAAGCCUUGUUGGAUCACAUGAAAAGAGUGUUAGAUCAGAGUGGAUUACAAGAUGACAACACCUAUGCCAAAGAUUUAGAUGAAAGAGGGGACAUAGACUUCUUGUCUCACUACAAACUGGUGGAUACCAAGAAGUUGGAGUCUUAUGCCAGAGCGUUUGUGGUGGAGGAUGAUGAUUUUGACACGGUCAUCAGAUCUAAGGAAACCAAACAAGCAAUAGAAGGUGUUGCUAGUGUGAACCACAUUACACCUAAACAGUUGGAUUAUGUUUUUAAGGUGUUAAAAAUUGAUGAUGCCUCCCAGGUGACCUUCAAAAUGUUUUCUGUCAUAUCUGCGCUGUGUGAGAGGGUUACUCAGAUGGAUCCAUUGAGCAAGCAUUUGCUGGAGAUCUGUGACCUGCUGGACAUUGAGAGGAAGAUGACCCUGUACAAAGCCAUGUUCUACACCAAUGUGAACUCAGACAGGGACCCCAACUUCAUCAAAGCAGACUCCCUGAAGAUUGAGUUGAUAGCAGGGGGCCUCAACUGGAAGCAGCAGGAGUUCAUCAUGGAGAAGCUGCAGCCAAACUAUUACAACGAGAUAUCUUUUCUAGAUUACAUUUGUUAUAUCCCCCUGUUCCUGUCCAUGCAUGAUAACAUAGUUGACAACCCACUAGACAUGAACAAUAACAAAUAUGAUAAGAUGUUACGCAAGCCUUCAGGAUUACCGCGGCAAAGAGAUAACAACCCCCUGGGGAAUCCCCUGAAAAGAGAUUCCAACUACCAAAACAAGCAGCUGGCUAAGGACUUGCUGGAUGGUAAAAUAGACAUCAGUGAAAUUAAAGCUGAGAAAAGGGAGCUCAUCAACAAAUACACAACAUUACCCAUGUUACUUCAGGACAAAGAAGUCUCCAAUAUGUCUGUGUCAUCAGACAAAUGAAAAAACUCAGAGAAAAUGUGUCUUUCUUUUCAAAAAUUUCAGAAGUAAAAAGUUACAAAAAACUGAUUU